CAAGUUAGUUGCUCGUGAGUACCGAGUACCGGCGCUGCUUGAAGAGUAACAAGCAGGAAAUGAAGAAAAGGUAAAGAAAGAUAUACGAAACAUAGAAAGAAAGGAAAAUAUAAUAGUGGUGCUUUCUUCAUUCAACAUCUUUCACAUUGACUACUGCAAUUUCCUUCACCGUUUCUACCUUCCAUCUGCCUCAACGGGUUGACAUGCCUGAUUGGGAGACACGCACAUUAACUGCUGGACAUUUACUGUAAUCACAUAAGUUUCAUCUUGCAGCUGUACGAAUAUAAAUGACUGGCGGCGGGACUAACAUGGCUUACCACGGUCUGAGUCAACACGUAAAUUUCGACGUGAUUCCAGAUCCGGAUGAUCGUUUUAGUUUAGAAGAAUUAAUUGGCGAAGGGACUUACGGAGAAGUUUAUUCAGCGCGCGAUAAGCAAAGCGGAAAUCGAGUUGCCAUUAAAAUUUUGGAAAACGUUGCCGACAACAUCGAGGAAAUCGAAGAGGAAUUUCUCGUUCUCCGUGAUCUCAGUUUACAUCCCAAUAUUCCAUUGUUUCAUGGUUUGUUCUUGAAAAGAGCCAAACCCAAUCAAGAGGAGGACCAAUUGUGGUUUGUCAUGGAGCUUUGCACUGGCGGUUCCGUCACAGAUUUAGUACAAGGAUUAAAAAAGAAAGGCAAACGUUUAACCGAUGAUCAGAUCGCAUACAUAAUCAGGGAAACUUGUGAAGCUUUGAUAUACUUGCACAGAAACCAUUGCAUGCAUCGUGACGUCAAGGGACACAAUAUUUUAUUAACAGAAGAUGCACACUUGAAACUAGUUGAUUUCGGUGUCUCCUCACAUCUGGCAGCCACAUUGGCCAGACGAAACACUUCCGUCGGUACACCAUAUUGGAUGGCACCUGAGGUAAUAGCUUGCGAACAGCAAUUAGAUUCCUCAUACGAUUCUCGCUGUGAUAUUUGGUCCGUUGGAAUCACCGCCAUCGAAUUGGCUGAAGGAGAUCCACCACUAUCGGAAUUGCAUCCGAUGCGCGCUCUCUUUCAAAUUCCCCGAAAUCCACCGCCAGCCUUAAAAAAUCCGGAUAUAUACUCCCCGGAAUUGUCGGACUUUAUAGCGGAAUGUUUGGUGAAGGACAUGGAGCACAGACCAUUUGCAAGCGAAUUGCGCGAGCAUCCGUUACUUACGAACGUUGAGCCAAUAGUCGAAAAAAUACGGGAGGAAUUAAAAGAGGAAAUUCGUAAGCAAAGAUCAGAUGGGAGGGUUCACAGACAACCGGAAGUUACUACCAAGCACGGAAAACUUAAAACUGAUCGUAAGACUCGACCCGAGAGGAUGUACAUGGAUGAUCUCGCUGCGCUUGAUUUAUUGUCAGAGGAAGCCAUUGUGGAGCAACUCCAGAACAGAUACGAGCAAACGCAGAUUUACACGUACAUUGGUGAUAUACUUGUUGCAGUUAAUCCAUUUGCAAAUCUGGGACUCUAUACAGGAAUCGAACAAAGACGCUACAAAGGUCAAGCGAGAUCGGAUAAUCCACCACACAUAUUUGCAGUAGCUGAUGCAGCUUAUCAGGCGUUACUUCAUCAGAGGCAAAAUCAAGCAAUUGUGAUAAGCGGCGAAUCCGGCGCAGGGAAAACUGAAAGUGCGAAUUUACUUUUGAAGCAGUUGGUAUAUUUAAGUAAAGCUCCGAACCGUAAUCUUGAAGAAAGAAUUCUUCAAAUAAACCCAAUAAUGGAAGCUUUUGGUAAUGCCACUACCGGAAUCAAUGCGAAUUCCUCGAGAUUUGGAAAGUACCUGGACCUAACUAUGACCAAAGGUGGAAAGGUCACAGGUGCCAGAAUUGCCGUUUACCUGCUCGAACAGUCACGCGUGGUUGCUCAAGCUGAGGGGGAGAGAAAUUUUCAUAUUUUCUAUUAUAUGUAUGAUGGACUCGAAGCGGACAACCGACUUCAAGAAUUUCACUUGGACAGCACGUUGAGAAAACGUCAUCGAUUUUUGGCCGAUCAUAGCCACACUUCUCAGACACACAUAGAUAAAUUUCAACAAUUGAAAAUUGGGUUUAAAGUUUUGGGAUUCCAAGACGGAGAAGUUGAUACAGUUUAUAGUGUCUUAGCUGCCAUACUUCAUCUUGGCGAUAUCGAAUUUGGCGAAGUGGUCACUGAAGAUAAUACAGAUAACAAAAGCCGUGUGAUCGACAUGGCUCCACUUCACAGAGUAUCCAAGUUAUUAGGAAUCGAAACCAACGAUCUUCUCGAAGCGCUGACGUCGAAUUCAGUGGUAACUAGAGGAGAAACUAUAACAAGAAAUAAUACUGUGACCGAAGCCUGUGCAGCAAGAGAUGCCAUGGCUAAAGGACUUUAUGGAAGAUUAUUCGAUUGGAUGGUCAAUCAGAUCAAUUGUUUGCUAAGCUUUAAUCGGUCACCGAACUACGAACCAUUGGCCAUUGGUCUUCUCGAUAUCUUUGGCUUUGAAAACUUUCCAAGAAACUCAUUCGAGCAGUUGUGCAUUAAUAUUGCUAAUGAACAGAUUCAGUAUUACUUUAAUCAGCACAUUUUUACUUGGGAACAACAAGAAUACAUGGCAGAAGGCAUUCCUGUAGAUUUAGUCGAAUUUUCGGACAACAGACCAGUCCUAGACAUGUUAUUAAGCAAACCAAUGGGAUUACUGGCUUUACUGGAUGAAGAAAGUCGUUUUCCUAGAGCCACUGAUAGAUCUCUUAUCGAGAAAUUUCAUAGUAACAUAAAGUCGAAAUUUUAUGUUCGUCCAAAAUCUGAUGCAAUCUGUUUUGCAAUCCAUCACUUUGCUGGUCGUGUGGUGUAUCAAGCAGAUGGCUUUUUAGAAAAGAAUAGAAACUUCCUGCCACCGGAAGUAAUUCAAUUGGCACGUCAAUCGCAGUUUGACAUGGUUCGAUUCCUAUUUCAGUGCCCAAUUACGAAAACGGGUAAUUUGUACUCAGCCGUCCAUGACACGGGUUCCAGAAAAAUAUCACAAUGUAAUCAAAAUACAAAGGAACGUUACUCAAGUCGUGGUUUGGCUUCUCAAUCGAGAGCUCAGCAAACUGUAGCAACAUAUUUCCGUUAUUCAUUGAUGGAUCUUUUGCAAAAAAUGGUAUCAGGCUCACCGCAGUUUGUUAGAUGCAUCAAACCCAAUGACUCACGCAGCCCAAGAUUCUUUGACAAGGACAAAGUUAUAAAACAAUUAAGAUACACUGGAGUAUUAGAGACAAUAAGGAUCAGACAAAAUGGAUUUUCUCAUCGAAUACCAUUCAAUGAGUUUCUUAAAAGGUAUUGUUUCCUUGCUUUUGGCUACGACGAACGCGUGGUCGCGAGUCGCGACAAUUGUCGUUUGUUGUUGGUUCGACUAAAAAUGGACGGAUGGGCCUUAGGAAAGACCAAAGUCUUCCUAAAGUAUUACCACGUCGAGUUCUUAUCCAAGAUGUACGAAGAGCAGUUGAAAAAGAUCAUUAUGGUACAAGCCUGUGUGAGACGAUGGCUGGCUAGAAUUAGAUACAAGAAACAAAAAUGGCAAUUUGCCAUGUCUGUGGUCACAUUGCAACGUCAUAUUCGUGGAUGGCUCUCUAGGAAACACCAGGAGGAGGAAGCUAAAAGGAAACGUAUAGAAGAAGAAGAAAAAGCCCUUGAAGUGGCACGAGAAAAUCUAAAACGCAAUGAGAUGAAUUGGUUUAAAGCCAAAAUUUCACGAAAUGCAUCUCACGACUCUGUUGAACCAAAGGAAAGCAGGGAACCAAAACACGGAAAAGAAAAUCUUAACAAGAACGACGCGGCUGUAAUUAUUCAAAGUCACUUUAGAGGGUACACUAUUCGUAAACGUUUCGGAUAUGAGCUUGAGGAACGCUUUAAAAGAAUCCUUAAUAAUUACGAUAACAAACAAGAUGGUCUGAAGGCGUUGCUUCGUGAAGGACUACGAAAUGAGGAUGCAGCCUUUAUAGUUCAACGGUGGUACAAAAAAGAAGAGAAAGUCAAGAAAAGGCCUUUGCAAAAGGAUCGUAUACAUCCGAAAUUAAGACAAGCUGAUCUUAUUCAAUUUUCACAGAACGUUCAUAUGAAAAAUCAAGAGGUUCACAAAAAUCUUCGCCGUAAUAAACCUGGUGUUCGAUUGAACGACGUAGAAGAACCUCCACCGGAUUAUUCAAGACCCGAAGGGUUCAACAUGGUUCAAACAAUUCUUCAGUAUCGGAAUGGAAAUCAACAGGAAGUUGAUGAGACUGCCAAGUUCUACAGAGAUUUGAAGGAGGAAAUGAGCAGUGGUUCGGAAUUCGAAGAAGACGAAGUUGGCUGGGACUUACCGUUGAUACAGCUAGAAAAUGACCUUCACCCAUCUUCGAGGAGCUGCACGAGUCAGGUUUUGGAAGUGAAUGCAGAGAGGAGGGACCGACUUGCAGCCCAAGGAGACUUUGUGGUCGCUCCGGAGCAACAGCUUUCAAAUAUUUGGCACAAAGCUCUAAGAAAUCCGACAGAAUCUCAAGAAAACGAAUCUACGAGCAAAUCCAUAAAUACAAGGACUAAUGACAUGCUUAACCACAACAUGCGCGGAGUCCUCAUCAACUAUGCAGCCAGUAAGCAACCUACAUACGAGUCUUCGCGUAUCAACAAUCCAAAUGGCAUACGUGCACGAGGAGGUUCAAGAUACAACGGUACGAAUCUAGUAAACGGUAUAAACGGUCAGGUGAACAAUGUAACGAGGCAACAUAACAAUAAAAAAAGCGGUUACGAGCAGCAGAACGACAAUGCAGAAACUGGUGUCGAUGGCCGGGGAAUCGUUAAAUCCAAUCAUACCGAAUGUACGCAGAAUGAAAAAGUUCACCGUGCUCAGGACAGAAAUCGUUACGAACAUCAUAAUGGUAUUAGGUAUCGCGCCUUUGGGCAAAGUGGUUAUUUCGGUAACCACAAGGAACCUACGUAUAAUUCGUCAGACUUGAGAUAUCUUCUGAGACCAACGAUUACGCAGAAUCGACGAGAAAGUGUUAAAGUCGAAUACGACAUAGAGGAUAUCAACGGACCGUACAACUUUAGACAGCUGCUGAGACCAGCUGAGUAUUUACCAACCGAGUCUUUGAGAAAACGUAAGGGUGGUAUAGCCUGUAACGGUAUUCAGCUGCCGAAGGAUAAGCUUUCGGAAAAGCACGUCAAACGGAGAGCGCCUUUAGCACCGAAUCUGAAUCAGGUUCUAGUUAAGAAGUAGCGUGCUGUAUCAAUUUAGUUAAUCAUCUUUAAUUGGCUAUACGUUAAAUGAUUGUCUCUUUGAUUGAUGCUAUUAUUUUUUCUUCUUUUUUUUCGAUGAAAAGUUACAAGAAGAAGUUUGUAGAUUAAUAUACGUAUAGUGGUAUUUUAAGAAAGUGUCGUUCGUGCGAUAUGUCUUUAAUUAAUCGUAGAGAUUUUUGUGAUUUUAAGAUAUUUAAUGAUUUUUGUAAUUCGAUGAAUUACGUCGUACAUUAGUUGAAUUGGGUUCACUGAUUUUUUAUCAUUACCAAACAUGAAUAUCCGUGACAACGUUCAAUCCUUAUAAUUAUUGUAAUUCGCGUAUUUUGAAAAUAGCGUGCAUUUAGAACUAGUCAUUUUCAGCUUUACUUAAUUCUUAGGCAAUUUUUUCUUAAUAGAUUUAAUACGAUUUAGAAGAACGAGGUGAAAUGUACGUCAUGUGUGGGAACGUACAAAGUUGAAAUUCUAUUGAUCCUCGUUCCUGGUAGUUUUAUCGUUAACUUUCCGCGCAUUGGGAUAAUUAUUAAUGUCUAAGGAUUUUUAUUUUUAAGAACUAUUUAAGGAUAAGACGAACUCAAAUUAUUGUUCGAACGCGUUAUUCUGUUAUUAUUUUUAAGCCGCCUGUAAUUACAAGCUUUUUUCCCAGUUGUGCAAGAUGAUACCAAAUAUACAUAUAAUAUAUAUUUACUGUUUA